UUAGCACAAGUAAACACACUAAGUUGAGCGCAGCUAUUUGACUGCAAUGCAGUAAGCGUUUUUCUUAAGACCAAAUAAAAUCAAAUAAAGCAUUUCGUUGCAAGUAAUCACAAAAAUAUUCAAUUGCUUUUGGUUGAGACGGCGUAUGUUUUGAUUUCCAAAUAAGUCGAGCGAGUAUAAAAAAAAUCCGAACACGUAAUUUCAAAAAUAGCCAGCUGUUUCUUCCAAACAAAUAUUGUUCAAACGGCAAAUUUAUGGUUCUUUUCACAGAGUAGUCGAGUGUGAUGCAGCUCUAUUGAUUCGUUCAAAACUCAUCUUCAAAGCUGCUUUUAGGAACUUAUCACAAGUUGAUGGACGAAUGUGGAAUUUGUCUGGAUACCAUUCAGAACGGGUUGACUUUGGACUGUGGGCACACAUUUUGUCGUGACUGCAUUUCGCCUGUCUUGAACAAAGCAAAGCCGAAAUGCAAUGUUUGCAGAUGCGAAAUCACCCUCUUGGCCCCCGGUGUAAAACGACUUGAAAUAAACAGGAAGCUCGAUGAGGUACCGACAGCAGAUUUACCGUGGUCCACUUCAAUUCAAUUGGUCCAAGAAGAUGGAAACAGGCGGCCCUUUUGGUCAAGACCGGCUUUCGACUCCAAUGGCGUUAUUUAUAUCAUGUACGAACAAGGAAACUCUAAGAACCCUUGCAGUUUGGAACAAACGCUGUUUGAAGUUGAGUUCGUGAAAGGAUCCAUACGACUUCUCAGGAGUUUCGUGUGGCAAAAGCAACGGAACCAUGACGGUUCUCGUUUGAUUGGAGUUGUAAUCUGCGACGAGCAGCUCUACGGAACCAUUAGAUACGGAAAUGACACAUACGGAAUUGAAGUCAUCGAUAAAGUUACGCUAGCCACAAUCCAAAAGUUAGACCUGGGUAACAUUAAGUUCAACCUGUCUCAGCAAGGAAGAAUCGACGUUUCCAUUCUCGCUACCGGAAACUGGUUGUUGAUUUUUCAAAAAGUAUCAUCACUCAAGCGGCUGGUGAUAAUAUGUCAAAACAACAAAGUUGUGGAUAAAAGAGAAAUCUCUAAAAAAGAUAAAUUCAAGUCUUGCAUUACCAGAAUUCGAGGCGACUUUAUCUACAUGAUCGAAAGGAAAAGUAGCGCAGUUCUAGUAAUACAGUGGAAAUUUGGAAACAGCGUGUUGAACAAAUUCAAACAGGCAGAAAUAAAUUUGCCUGACACAAAUCCAGUAUUUUCAUUUACAGUAAAUGAAGUUAAUUCAGCUGCUUUAAUUGUGACUCUGACAUCGGAUAAACUCAGCGCGAUUAAUAUCUACGAGGUCAACUAUGAUAAAUUCAAUCCCGAACAAAAAGUAUUCGAGUCGAAAAGACGACUUCACUUGGGUGAGAAACUUGUAUGCCUGUUUCCAUCACCUCAAACGGAUUAUAUUUUGGCCAUCAAUGGCUCACAGACCCUUCGCACUAUUUCUUUGAGUACCGAUGAAAAUACGCACAGUGGCUCGAAACAUGUAGCUGAAACUCCCAUGGAAAGCGUCAGCUUGGAAAAAAACUCUGAAGUGAAGGUCAGACUUAGCAAUCUCGCCGACGACUUCGAUCAUUUAAGAGAUCAAUUCCCAGCAGCAAAUACUUCAAACGAAGUGAAGAGAUUGAACUCUUUGGUAGUCAAAAUUCAAAAACAGCAGCAAUCAAUUGAAGCACAAAUGUCGACAAACGGGGAUAAGUUAGAAAAAGACAUAAUUUUCAUCGUCAGGUCAAUCGAAGACCUCUUCGGAUUUAUUCGGUUCAAGUUGCGCAACAACGAAAAAAAGUCACGUUGGACGGAGGAGAAGUUGACUUUAUUCUCAGAUUCCGAAGGUAAGUACUUGGAAAAAAAGACGAACGACCUUGAAAAUCAGAUGAAACACCUGAUAACGAUCUAAAAUGACCUUUAGUUAUAAUAACCUAACCGUAUGACAUAUCAUAUUGACUUACAAAAAUUAUGAGAUCGACACUAAAAUGUAUGU